AGAAAACGACGAAGUUAGAAAUGUAAAACGUUGGUGUUUUCGGAAUUGCAGACCCGUCCGGCGCUGAUGUACGACGCUGUAACGCUCUAUGCUCUGGCUCUGUUCAAGUUGAACUCCGAGUCACCCGAGGGAGUGUCUUUGGGGCCGUUGGACUGCAGCCAGAACCAGGCCUGGGAAGAAGGCAGGAACUUGAUUUGGUUCAUGAAGAUGAUGACUUUUGAUGGAAUAACUGGACCGAUCCGGUUAGAUGCUCAAGGAUAUCGUAAGGAAUUCGGCUUGGAUAUCUUGGAAUUGGGCAAGAAGGGACUUGAAAAAGUCGGCCGUUGGGAACGGAAUCGAGGAGCCAAUUAUUCCAGACUGUGGACUGAUCGCGAGGCCGAAUACAGGCAAGAAUUGAAGGACAAAAACCUCAUCGUCACUGUACCGAUU